AUGCCGGAGGCUUGGAAGGCGAUCUACGAGGACAGCGACUCCGAUAGCCCGCGAGCACCCGGGCGAUCGGAGCGAACGGCACCCACAAGGGUCUCGGCGACCACCGCGGCACCAGAAGCACCAUCCGUGGCACCGGCCGUGGCGACGCCUGCUGCGCCUGCCCUUGCAGUGUUGCGGCAGAGGGCAGAGGCCCGGCGAAGCCCGCAGACAUCACGGACCAAGUGCAACAGGUCGGGGCGGGGUGCUUUGGGCCUGCUGGAGCCCGACAGCAGCGAUUCAGAUGGACUUGAGGCAGGAGGAGUGGAGUUGGAGCGACAGUGUCCAAAACGCCCUGCGGAGCAGCCCGAGCCAGUUGGACCUUCUACCACCAAGAGGCUUGCUGUGGAAGUGCCAGUGCAGGUGGAGAAGCAGUCGGGGCUGCUAAUGCAGGAACGCCCAUCAAUGGCUCAGGAGGCUGCUCCAGUCCCGGUUCCUGCCAUCCCGGUCCCUGUGGUGCCUGCGGUGCCGGCGGUGCCGCCUGCGGUGCCGCCCGUGCCGGAAGAGGUCAAGGUGCUCGAAAGGCUCGAGGCGAUCGAGGCGAGCAAGGCCGUCGAGGUCGAAGCAAACCGAGGAAAGAAGUCGCUGAAGUCCUUUUUGGGUCCGGACGAAGGAUUGGCUGCAAAGUGGUCUGAAGGUGCACUUCAGCUUCCUGGGGUCGAACUUCCAGAGCCAAUUGCCAGUUGUCUUCGUGGCUACCAAAGAGAGGGUGUGCGCUGGCUCUACCAGCGGCUCUUUAUGGAGACUCGUGGCUGCCUCCUUACAGAUGAGAUGGGCCUUGGGAAGACGGUGCAAGUUGCCUGCUGCCUUGCUGCCGGCCUUUUUGCGGCUGGAUCUGACGUCGGUGCCGUUCUGGUGGUGUGUCCUCCAACGUUGGUGCGGAAUUGGGCGCGCGAACUCACUCGUUGGGGCCCCUUUGCAGUCGAGGUCCUGACACCUCAUGGGGCCAACCGGCAGCGUGUGUUUCAGCGUGUUGAGGCUGGCUUGACGGAUGUGGUGGUGGCCAGCCGUGGCUUGCUUAUCAGGUCAGAAGGCCCAUGUGCAGCAGAGGCACUUCUGUCCCUGAGGUGGGGAUGCGUUGUGGUUGAUGAAGUGCACCAAGCGAAGAACCCCAAGGGUCAGCUGCACAAGGCCAUCGUGUCACUACACAGCCCCCGAAAGCUGGGCCUCACAGGCACACCACUGCAGAAUUCGUUGACAGAUGUUUGGACGCUCUUGCGGACUGUGGAAGCCCAUGAGGGCUGGGAGCUCGGAGCCUUCGAGAGUCGAUUCAGUCGGCCCAUCUUGAAGGGUCAGAAGCGAAAAGCCUCAGCAAAAGAUCUGGCUGUGCGGGAGGAUGCUUUGAAGGAGUUCCAGGAGCUUUUGGCGAGGAACUGCCUCCGAAGGACAAAAGAUGACGUUGCAUUGAUGUUGCCAGGGAAGAAUGAUCGCGUUGUGCCCUGUCCUUUGAGUCAUUUGCAGCGAGCGGCCUACCAGAACUUGCUCGAAAGCCCAGACUUCCAAAUUGCACUCGGCAAGCGAGAGCUGUGCGUUUGUGGUGCUGGCAGGCCUUGCUUCUGCGGUGCUGGGCCUGUGUGGCGUUACGUGCACCGCCGCCAGGCCGAAAGCAAGGGCCUCGAAGAUGAAUGGGCUGCAGCUGAUGAAUGUGCCUGUCGUGGGCGGAAGUCACCGAAGUGCAUGGCCUUGUCGCUGAUUGCUGGGAGCCUAAGGGAAUGGAGGAUUUAG